GAGUUUUUCAUCAUUGCCCGCUAUAGUUUCUGCACGGUCCCUGUGCCGGCAUAUUAUGAUGUAUCUGUAGGUACCUGGUACCAUACCGUAUCUGAUACGUAGUAUCUCUUAUUAGUCUGUGCGUAGAUUAUCUUUUAUCAUUUUGUUGUCUUUUUGGUUGUUUUUCGAAAUUCCCAUUAUUAAAAUUAUUCCUCACGAUUUGUUUGGUUUUUGCGUAACUACUAGAUUUAUAGGUACAUUCAAAAUGAUUAACUGGAAUCUAAUUGGAAGUAUGAUAUUGCCCAAUGUCGGCGGAUGGGCAGGAGCUAUUACCAUGGCAGGUCAGGUUAAAAACGCAAACGGUACCGCCUGGUACCAAACCAUAAAUAAACCGAGUUGGAACCCACCCAACUGGAUUUUUGGACCAGCGUGGACUGUCUUGUACUGUGGCAUGGGAUUCGCAUCGUACAUGGUCUGGCGGGACUGCGGAGGUUUCACAAACAAAUCAAUACUACCUUUGACUUUAUAUGGUGGCCAACUUGUGAUAAACUGGAUGUGGACACCAGUGUUCUUCAGAUUGCAUCAGAUUGGCUUGGCCCUAAUACACAUAAUCGCGCUAGAUGCGGCGGCUGCAGCGUGCACAGCUAGCUUCAUAGCGGUCAACAAGAACACUGUUUACUUCAUGGUGCCUUACCUAGCCUGGCUUAGCUUUGCCACCGCUCUAAACUACUCCAUUUGGCAAUUGAACAAGGAUGAUGGCGAGAAAAAUAAAUAAUAACAUUCUAGUUAAGUAAAUCAUGUCUGGUUUCUGAGAAUUUUUACAUUUAAACUAAAAAUAAACUAAGUUCUUAUAAGGCAGAGUCCUAAAAGCGCCAUCUAGUACUAAGUAGAUGAGACUUCCAACUUCGGGACUAAAGUUGUUUGUUUUCUUUAAUCCGGCAAUUUAUAUAAGUUUAUGAAAAGCUAUCAAUAAUUUGGGAGUCUUUUAAAAAAGCUAUAAACCAUGUUAUCGAGUAGAAAUAUUUUUCUAUAAACUUUUUUAAAUUUCUUUCGAGACAAUGACAUCUAUCGGAAGCAUUGUCAAGUGCGAGUUAUUCAUAAUAUUACGAGAAUUCAUAAACCGUCCCUGAUUGGUCAGUAAAAUUAAACGUAGAUUAUCUACCCUCACUUUUAUGUUCAGAAACAAGUUUUCCAGUUAAUGGAACUAAUGAAACUGGCGACAAUAUCUCAGAAGCCAGACCCAUUCAUGAAUUUUAUAAGGACCAAAUAAUCACAUCUUUACUUAUAAUUAAUAUUAUAUUAAGUCGACGUUAAAAAAACAUUUUUAAUAUUUUUACUUUAAUAAAGAGAAUGCACAAACCAAGGACGUCGCCAGCUUAUGUCGGGCAAUGGGGCAAUAAUAUAGCAACAAUACCCUCAUUUUUUGUCUGGGUCCCACACCCUUUCGACCUUCAGCGCCCACAAGGUCGUGG